UGACAAUUCUGAUACGCUCCACAGUCAUGUGGCAGUCCAUUUCUUUAAUCAUUGUGCUACUAAGACAUCAGGAGCAACAAUGUUCAGGUAUUAUGUUCUACUCUGCUUGUCAGUGAUGCUGCACAGCACCACAGCAAGCCCAUAUAAAUUAUGGGGAAAGGAAGAGCAUACAGCAGUUCAAAAUACAAGGUCUCAUGAUUUUAAUGAGAAGAUCGUGCUGGGACUUAAGGAAGUUGAACCUGUAGAGGAGCUGGAUCUGACAGAGGUUGAUAUUGAUCCCCACAUGGCCAUAUGGAAAGCUAUGAAGCAGAUUCAGCAGCAGAAAUACAAUAAGCCUGAAGAAGACAAAGACAAGCCCUACCUUCCAUCUGACGUUCAGCACUCAGCUGGAAACAAGCAUGUUGAAGCCUACCUUGAACCUCAAUACCACAGUCAGGGUCAGCGCUAUCAAGAAGCUGAGAAGGACCUGGAUGACCUUUACCAUGACAUACAGGGAAUAGUGAACCAUGCUGACCUUAAAGAGCAAGUGGUCCAGCCUGAGAUACCAGUGCCUGACAAGGCUGAAGUGGUGGAACCACAUAAAACAAGUGUGCAUAUGACCCCAGAGGAAGACAAAGAUGGCCUGUAUCAUGGAGAUUUUAUUUUUCAUGGAGGCCACCAAGUGUUCCAGGUCCCAGUCAUGGAAGAUCUUCCCAAGACUGUUUAUACAGAACCUGAAGAGGACCUAGAUCACCUCUUCCAUAAACAAGAAUAAUGCACUUAAAAUGAUGAAAUCAUGUCCAGAAUGUGUUAAAUUGCAUGAAUUUAUUAAAUUCAUAAUAGCAUGAUGAAAAUAAAAAGCCAUGUAAGUAUCAUUCUAACCAUCUGCAAAUAGCAAAUAAAGCUCUGAUAUUGAUCAGAA